AUGAAGACUGACAUUGUGAUCACUGAUAUUUGUAUGCCUGACAUGGAUGGAUUUAGGCUUUUGGAGAUUAUUGAUCUCGAAAUGGACAUUCCAUUAAUAAUGAUGUCUGCAUAUGAUAGAAUAGACAACAUAAUGAGGAGUGUGAAGCAUGGAGUUCGAGAUUACUUGGUGAAGCCUGUUGAAAUGAAGGAGCUCAAAAAUAAAUGGCAGCAAGUCAUCAGGAAAACCAUAUUUGAUCUUAACAAAUUACACCCUACGAGUGCAGAAUUGGUUGGAAACUCAUUGCCUCCGAAUAAACGCAGGGACAAGCUUAUUGAGCAGGAAGAUGAAACAAAUAUUUUAUCCCAUUGGGAAUCAUCUGCUCAUAAGAAAUCAAGGGUUACUUGGACAGCAGAUCUGCACAAAAAGUUUGUUGAUGCUCUUCAACAACUGGAAGUAAAUAAAGUAUUUUCCAAGAAAAUGCUUGAAAUUAUGAAUGAACCGGAGCUUAGUAGAGGAAAUAUAGCUAGCCACCUGCAGAAGUAUAGGAUUCUCCUAAAUAAGCAACAAGCUCGAAGAAGCCAAGAGAGAGAUAAGAAUACGGGUACAAACAGAACAUUUGGACAUUUGCAUAAUGGUUCAAGUAUUGCACUUUCUGAUACACAAGGACUUCCUGUGAUAAAUAACUAUGGUUCUGAUCCUGGAUCCAGUCACGCAGCCAGCAAGACCUUAUGCCCCGAACAAAAUUUCCUACCUUCCCCAAUGUCAUAUCAAACACCGCCAACCAUGCCAAUUUCUGUGCUUGGUAAUGUCCCCCAAAGUCCAAUAUGCUUAGCAAAUCCUCAUCCUCAGCCUGAAUCCAACGGGAUGAAGUUCCAAGAAAUUAGUCAAAGAAGACAGAUGGCUAAUCACUCGGAAAUGUCUUCUCAUAUGUCAAAGUUUGAAGCUAGCCAAUCUGGUCCAAGUAGUAGUCCUCCAAGUUCCGCCUUCGCUGAAGUUGUCUUUGAGGCAUAUUGUUGUCCUCCGGCUGCCUUCAACCUUAUCGGUAUUGACUACCAAAUGCUUGGAGAUGCUACAACAGAAAUGCUUCCAAUUUCUCAGCCUGCAGAUUCUCUAGUUGGGCCACUGCAAGCCUCCUCACCUGGACACCGUGAGGAGAAAAGUUUGGAGACGUCCAAUGGACGAGGCGGAUUGGACUUGUGCAAGCAAACUACUGGGUUUUCAUGUGACAUUCAAGGUUCAACCAUAGAUGACUCCAUGGGAAAUGACCAGAUGAUGUUUUUGCCCCUUCUAGAUAAUCACAACAGUUACAGUUCCCCUGAUGAUGACAUUAGUAUUAUGGUAAAACAGAUCGCGAAAAUGGUAUCUUGA